ACAGAUGCACAUGCUGAAUGGAGCUCUUCUGGCAUUGCUGUUUCCUGUGGUAAAUACGCGGCUGCUCCCCUUUGAACUGGAGAUUUACUACAUUCAGCAUGUUAUGCUCUAUGUGGUCCCCAUCUACCUGCUUUGGAAAGGAGGUGCUUACACCCCAGAGCCCCUCAGCAGUUUCCGGUGGGCUCUUCUCUCCACGGGCCUCAUGUUCUUUUACCACUUCAGCAUCCUGCAGAUCCUCGGCCUGGUCACCGAAAUGAAUUUGAACAACAUGCUGUGUCCGGCCAUCUCAGACCCAUUCUACGGCCCCUGGUAUCGCAUCUGGGCCUCGGGACACCAGACUCUCAUGACCAUGACCCACGGGAAGCUGGUCAUCCUGUUCUCAUACAUGGCUGGGCCCUUGUGUAAAUAUCUGCUGGAUUUGCUCCGGCUUCCAGCCAAGAAAAUAGACUGAAGGUGCUUGGGGUUUUGUUUUGUUUUAUUUUGUUUGUUUUUUGUUUUUGUUUUUUUG